UCCCCGGUGUUUACGGUACUUCGUUUCCACUGUAUGAUCUCGAUCUACAGCCUCUAGCUGCUCUUCUUCCACGAAUCCUCCGUUGAUGUUGAUGUACCGUUCCCAUUCCCGCCGGUUUUUGCACACCGAGGUAUAUUGGAGAUGAGCACAGCCACUGAGAACAUCAGAUUCAGUGGACAUACACUGGACAAGGCUACCAAGGCCAAAGUGACGCUAGAGAACUACUACAGCAAUCUCAUCGCGCAGCACAUCGAGCGCAAACAGAGGUUAGCAAAGUUAGAAGAAUCACUCAAAGAUGAAGGACUGUCAGAAGCACAAAAGCAGGAGAAAAGGCAACAACACGCACAAAAGGAGACGGAGUUCCUGCGACUCAAGAGGUCCAGGCUCGGGGUCGAGGACUUUGAACCUCUAAAAGUCAUUGGUAGAGGAGCGUUUGGAGAGGUGCGGCUGGUACAGAAGAAGGAUACAGGACAUGUUUAUGCUAUGAAGAUCCUGCGCAAAGCUGACAUGCUGGAGAAGGAACAGGUAGCGCAUGUCAGAGCAGAGAGAGAUGUCCUGGUAGAGGCGGAUCAUCAAUGGGUGGUCAAGAUGUACUAUAGCUUUCAGGAUCCCAUCAACCUGUACCUGAUCAUGGAGUUCCUCCCAGGAGGAGACAUGAUGACGUUGCUGAUGAAGAAGGAUACUCUCAGUGAGGAGUGUACACAGUUCUACAUCGCGGAGACGGCCCUGGCCAUCGACUCUAUACAUAAGCUGGGCUUCAUCCAUCGGGAUAUUAAACCAGACAACCUCCUGCUGGAUGCUAGAGGACACAUCAAACUGUCAGACUUUGGACUCUGUACGGGUCUCAAGAAGUCUCAUCGAACUGACUUUUACAGAGAUCUCAGCCAAGCAAAACCUUCAGACUUCACGUCGAGCCCCAUGGACAGCAAGCGAAGGGCAGAGAGUUGGAAGAAAAACCGUCGAGCAUUGGCAUACAGUACAGUGGGCACACCGGACUAUAUUGCCCCUGAGGUGUUCCUGCAGACGGGCUAUGGGCCAGCUUGCGACUGGUGGAGUUUAGGAGUUAUAAUGUAUGAAAUGCUAAUCGGCUACCCUCCAUUCUGCAGUGAAAACCCUCAAGAGACGUAUCGCAAGGUGAUGAACUGGAGGGAGACCCUCACUUUUCCUCCAGAGGUACCCAUCUCUGAGGAGGCCAAGGAGGCUGUAGCCAGGUUCUGCUGUGAGUGUGAGCGUAGGCUGGGCUCAGCAAGAGGUGUGGACGAGUUAAGAGGUGGUGUUCCAUUCUUCCGAGGGGUCGAUUGGGAUCACAUCCGUGAGCGUCCGGCCGCUAUACCUGUCGAGGUCAAGUCCAUCGAUGAUACGUCCAACUUUGAUGACUUCCCCGACGUCAAGCUAGAAAUUCCAUCCGCACCACUGCCGCAAGACGAAGAAGUCAUUUAUAAGGACUGGGUAUUCAUCAACUAUACGUUCAAGAGGUUCGAAGGACUAACUCAGAGGGGAACCCCCACCAAAAAGUAGCAGAUCUCUCAAUCACCUUCCAAUGUGUGAAUGGGUGUAGCAACAUCCUGCCCGGACAAGUAGCAAAACACUCCUACUAGCUAAUCAAUUUAGUCGCAGCUUUGUCUUUUUUAUAUUUUAAAAAUUUUAUUACAGUUAUGUUUGGAAAUCUUAUUAUUUUUUAACUUUGGCAAUAUUUUUGUAGUACAAUUUUUGUUAUAGCGUAACGAUAUAUUAUUGUUCGAAUCUUAGUGUGUAGCCAUCCGCUUUUAGUUCCACGAAGUUAUCGCUCGAGGACGAUUAUUUUAAUCGAUAAACCAAAUAGCUUUGAUUAAUUUCAAUAUGUUUUUGAAUGAGAUUAGUAGAUGUACUUAGUGAUAUAUGGUGGUUGGAUGGUUUGAAUUCGGUCGGUACAGUUCUUUGUUUUCGUUAUUGUGUAAAAUACACGGUAAACCUUUUUAAAAUUCUGUACGGUGUGUUAGUUGUGGAUGAUUGGGAAAAAUCUGUGUAAGAAAGUCUGUGACAAGAGUCUUUUGAAACUAUUUUCUCACUGAUAACUUUGUACUUUGUGUGGAAUUGUGAUCCGACCGUUGUGUGUAACUUGUUAUCUCGUUGUUGCUAAGCUAAGAGCUGAUAUUGGCCAACCUGUGGAUUUUUAAUAUAUGAUUGUUUUCCCCUGAUAAACCAUCAACACUUACGAUAUCAAUAGUGGAUAAUUUUCCAGAUCACUAGAAUCGAUUUAGUAUAUUGUAUACAUCGUACCAAAGGUACUUUAAGUUAUAAAAAUAAUCAUAGUUAUGAUACACUUUUAAUGCUUUUGUAAUUAUUGUCUUUCUUAUUUAUUGUUUAAGCCAAUGACAUUGAUUUGUGAUGCUGUUAGGUGUGUUACACUCUUUAGGCAUUGAUUUUUUGUAAAUAUGCUUUUUUGUUUUAAGACAUCUAAGAGUAAAUAUUGUAUUUUGAUA